AAUAGAGUCGAGAGGUCUCAUUAUCGAUUACUAUGUUGAAUUAUCGUGAGAUAUCGUCGUACAAUUUCAUAUAUAAAUCGUAACUCUCGGUUACUUUCGCAAGUUGUAACAAACUAAUCGUACGACAAUGUUCACCAAGUGUGCUCUGGCUUCACUCUUCCUCCUGCAGGUCUGCUGGGCUGUGCCCUAUGACCUGAACCCACGCAUCACCGACGGCAUCGACGCCAAACCCGGUGAGUUCCCGUACCAGGUCUCGAUCGAAUGGGGAAUCCCACCAUUGAAACCCUACGCCCACGCCUGCGGUGGCUCCAUCCUCAACGAGAAGUACAUCUUGACCGCUGGACACUGCGUCCUGAAAGUUGGAAAGCUCCGUGUUGUCGCUGGUAGAUACUACCUGAACAAGGCUGAGUCAUCCCAACAGGUCAUCAACGUUGUCAAGUCUGUUGUCCACAGCGGAUACAAAGGAGGUGUUGCCCAACACGACAUUGCCCUGUUGAAAUUGGAAUCUCCCCUGAAAUUGAACAAAUUGGUAGCACCCGUCAAGCUGCCCAAGCAAGGCGAAAAACAGGUCGGAGAAGCUGUCCUCUCCGGCUGGGGAUCAGUCUCCAAGAAGAUCGUCCCAGUAUUGCCAACUGUCCUCCAGAAGGCUUACGUUCCAAUCCUUGACAACGCCGAAUGCUACAAGGAACUCACCUCCCAGCCAGCUGUUGGCCAGCAACCUGAACUCUUCGACACCCAGGUCUGCAGCGGAGCCGCUGGCAAAGAAGUCUCUGCCUGCUCUGGUGACUCUGGUGGCCCACUCGCCCAGAAUGGCGUCCAAGUUGGUAUCGUUUCAUGGGGUAUGAUGCCAUGCGGUGUCAGCCACAUGCCAUCUGUCUACACUCGCGUCGCCUCCUACGUCGACUGGAUCCACGAGCACGCCCUAAUCAUCGAUAUGUCUCUGAAAUUCACUGUUGGAGUACUCCUGCUUGCAGCGGCAGUCACUGCGAAGCCCUACAUGGGCUUCCCCGUGUCACUGAUCGACCCUCAAAUCGUCGGAGGAACCGAAGCCGUACCGGGCACGUCCCCGUGGCAAGUGUCUCUGCAAUGGGGUAUCUACACGUACUCCCACUUCUGCGGUGGGUCCAUCAUCAACAGCCAAUGGGUCCUUACCGCGGGCCACUGUGUCCUGGCAGUUCCUAGUUACGGCAACUUCGUUGUCAAAGCAGGCAAGCACAGCCUGGCAACAAAGGAAGCCAACGAACAGGUCGUCAAGGUUGUUAAAUCAAUCGUGCACGAACAAUACGUCGGGAACGUUGCUCCGUACGACAUCGCGUUGCUGAAACUGGAGAAGCCCCUGCUGCUGACUAAAGCCGUUCAGGUGGUCAAUCUGCCGCUGUCAGGAAACGUUCCAACCGGAGUCGCAACGCUAACUGGUUGGGGAUCAACGUCCAGAUCAAAUAAUCCCAAUAUGCCCGACAAACUCCAAACCGCCGACCUGCCUCUGGUCGAGUGGAACACCUGCAAGAAAGCAAUCGAACAAUUGGUUGGACCGUCCCCUCUGCACUCGACCAAUGUCUGCACUGGACCUCUCACUGGCGGUUACUCAGCUUGCAACGGUGAUUCUGGCGGCCCAUUGAUCCUUUCCAGGAACGGCAAACCUGAAGUGAUCGGUAUCGUCUCUUGGGGUAUCGUGCCGUGCGGCACGACUGGUGCACCAUCGGUCUACACCAGGACCUCUGCCUUCAACAGCUGGAUUCAGAACACUAUCGCGAAGAACUGAACUU